AUGUUUCCAUCUUCUUCCCCUCUUCUGCUCGUUGUUUUCUUUAUUUCCUUGGGUGUUUCAGUUACCUCAAUUUCUGUGCGGCGAGGGGCUCCACUCGAUAUUACUCCGGAGCAAUCUAAUGAAUCCUUCACAUACCUAUGGCCCCUUCCCGCAGAGUACACUUCCGGGGACGAGGCUCUCGCCGUUGACCCUGCGCUCGUGCUCACCGUCGCCGGCAAUGGAGGCGGCUCCUCCAUUCUUAGAGCGGGGUUUGAGCGGUACAAAGGGAUUGUAUUCAAGCACACUGGAUACGGGUUUGGUUUCAUGAGGAAGCUAAGGGAACGGUUGGUGUCGUCUGUUUCGGCAUACGACGUUGACACAUUGAAGAUAACUGUGCACUCAGACAACGAGGAGCUUCAAUUUGGAGUGGAUGAAAGCUAUACCCUGUUGGUUCCCAAAGCCAAGGAUUCUUCCCAAGUCACAAUUGAGGCAAAUACUGUUUAUGGUGCAUUGCGGGGAUUAGAGACAUUCAGCCAGUUGUGUUCUUUCGAUUAUACAACUAAAACAGUAAAAAUAUACAAGGCACCUUGGUCCAUGCAAGAUAAACCUAGAUUUGCAUACCGUGGGCUUUUGUUGGAUACAUCAAGGCACUAUUUACCAGUUACUGUAAUUAAGCAGAUUAUUGAAUCUAUGUCCUAUGCUAAACUUAAUGUUCUUCAUUGGCACAUCAUAGAUGAGCAGUCAUUUCCACUUGAGAUACCUACAUAUCCAAACUUGUGGAAAGGUUCGUAUACAAAGUGGGAACGUUACACAGUUGAAGAUGCACUUGAAAUUGUCAACUUCGCCAAAAUGAGAGGCAUAAAUGUAAUGGCAGAAGUGGAUGUCCCUGGUCAUGCAGAAUCAUGGGGUACUGGAUAUCCUGAUCUUUGGCCAUCACCUUACUGUAGGGAGCCACUAGAUGUUUCAAAGAACUUUACCUUUGAUGUCAUUUCCGGUAUUCUGACAGAUAUGAGAAAGAUUUUCCCAUUUGAGCUAUUUCACUUGGGUGGUGAUGAAGUUAAUACAGAUUGCUGGAAUAAUACUUCUCAUGUAAAGGAAUGGCUUCAGAACCACAACAAGACCGCCAGAGAUGCCUAUCAAUAUUUUGUACUGAAGGCUCAAGAGAUGGCUGUUUCAAAUAAUUGGAGUCCAGUGAACUGGGAGGAAACCUUCAAUACAUUUUCAUCAAAGCUCCAUCCAAAAACCAUUGUGCACAACUGGUUGGGCCCUGGUGUCUGUCCAAAGGUUGUUGCAAAAGGAUUCAGGUGCAUUUACAGUAACCAGGGCGUCUGGUAUCUUGAUCAUCUGGAUGUACCUUGGGAUGAGGUCUACUCCGCAGAGCCACUAGAGGGAAUACAUACAGCUUCUGAACAAGAGCUUGUAAUUGGAGGAGAAGUUUGCAUGUGGGCUGAGACAGUUGAUUCAUCCAAUGUUCAGCAAACAAUAUGGCCUCGAGCUGCCGCAGCUGCAGAACGGUUAUGGAGUCAGAGAGAUUCUACCAAACAAAAUGUAACCGGAACUGCAUUGCCCCGCUUGCAAAACUUCAGAUGCUUGUUGAAUAAACGAGGGGUUCCAGCUGCUCCUGUCAAAAACUAUUAUGCUAGAAGGGCACCUAUUGGUCCAGGCUCAUGUUAUGAGCAAUAA